CCCCUCCCCCCCCCCCAAGUGCCGUUUCGGUUUAACCUAGUGUGUGACUGAGUCUGUGUGAGGGAACGAGUGAGUGUGUGAGGCAUUAAGGUGAGGCGGAGGCAAGAAGAGGGGCUCUCUCAGGAGCGAGGGACAAAGGGGGCGUGAGGCAUCUAGGCCGCGGGACCCCAGCGACAGGAAGCCGCCCCGAGCCGGGCUACCGGGUAGGGGAAGGGCCCGCGCAGUCUUCACAGGGCCCCAGAGCCGAAGUCGGCCCCACAGCCCCAGGCCGUCGGCUUCCUACUUCCUCGACCUCCCCGGCGCCCGGGCCUGAGGACUGGCUCGGCGGGGGGAGGAGGGGAAACAGACUUGAGCAGCUACCCGUUGUCUCGCAACUCCACUGCUGAGGAACUCUCAUCUGUUUUCUGGCUCCUUCACCCCCUACCUCAUGUAGGAGGGUGCUGAGGCGUCGGGAGGGAGGAGGAGCCUGGACUACCGUCCCUUCCCUCCCCACCCCGUUCUAGGGGCGCUUUGGUAGGCGUGGGGUUGGGGGGGAGGGUGGGGGUUACUUUUUGGAGUGCUGGGGAACUUUUUCCCCUUUUUGAGGCUAGGGGAAAGGGAAUGCCCAAUCCAGAGAGACAUGGGGGCAAGAAGGACGGGAGUGGAGGAGCUUCUGGAACUUUGCAGCCGUCAUCGGGAGGUGGCAGCUCCAACAGCAGAGAGCGUCACCGCUUGGUGUCGAAGCACAAGCGGCAUAAAUCCAAGCACUCCAAAGACAUGGGGUUAGUGACCCCCGAAGCAGCACCUUUGGGUACAAUUAUCAAGCCUUUGGUGGAGUAUGAUGACAUCAGCUCUGAUUCAGAUACCUUCUCUGAUGACAUGGCUUUCAAACUGGACAGGAGGGAGAAUGAUGAACGUCGUGGGACUGAUCGGAGUGACCGCCUGCACAAACAUCGUCACCACCAGCACAGACGUUCCCGGGACUUACUAAAAACUAAACAAACAGAAAAAGAAAAAAACCAGGAAGUCUCCAGCAAAUCGGGAUCGAUGAAGGACCGGGUAUCAGGAAGUUCAAAGCGUUCAAAUGAAGAGAAUGAGGACUAUGGGAAGGCACAGAUAUCCAAAAGCAGCAGCAACAAAGAAUCCAGGUCAUCCAAACUCCAUAAAGAGAAGACCCGGAAAGAACGUGAGUUGAAGUCUGGGCACAAAGACCGGAGUAAAAGUCAUCGGAAAAGGGAAACACCCAAAAGCUACAAAACAGUGGACAGCCCCAAACGGAGAUCCAGGAGUCCUCAUAGGAAAUGGUCUGACAGCCCCAAGCAAGAUGAUAGCCCGUCAGGAGCUUCUUAUGGCCAAGAUUAUGACCUUAGUCCCCCAAGAUCUCACACUUCUAGUAAUUACGACUCCUACAAGAAGAGUCCUGGAAGUACCUCAAGAAGGCAGUCAAUUAGCCCUCCUUACAAGGAGCCUUCCGCCUACCAAUCCAGCACCCGGUCACCCAGUCCCUACAGUAGACGACAAAGAUCUGUGAGUCCCUAUAGUCGGAGACGUUCUUCCAGCUAUGAAAGGAGUGGCUCUUACAGUGGGAGAUCACCCAGUCCCUAUGGUCGCAGACGGUCCAGCAGCCCUUUCAUGAGCAAACGGUCUUUGAGUCGGAGUCCGCUCCCCAGGAAAUCCAUGAAGUCAAGAAGCAGAAGUCCUGCAUAUUCAAGACACUCAUCUUCUCAUAGUAAAAAGAAGAGAUCCGGGUCACGCAGUCGACAUUCCAGCAUCUCACCUGUCAGGCUUCCAUUGAACUCCAGCUUGGGAGCUGAACUCAGUAGGAAAAAGAAGGAAAGAGCUGCUGCUGCUGCAGCAGCAAAAAUGGAUGGAAAGGAAUCCAAGGGUUCACCUAUAUUUUUGCCUAGAAAAGAGAAUAGUUUAGUAGAGGCUAAGGAUUCAGGCUUGGAGUCUAAAAAGUUAACCAGAGGUGUAAAAUUGGAAAAAUCUGCCCCAGAUACUGAACUGGUGAAUGUACCACAUCUAAAUACAGAAGUUAAAAAUUCCUUAGAUACAGGGAAAGUAAAAUUAGAUGAGAACUCUGAGAAGCAUCCUAUUAAAGAUUUGAAAGUGCAGGGAUCAAGAGACUCUAAACCCAUAGCAUUGAAAGAGGACAUUGUUACUCCAAAAGAGACAGAGACAUCAGAAAAGGAGACUCCUCCACCUGUCCCCACAGUUACUUCUCCUCCACCUCCUUUACCAACUACUACCCCUCCACCUCAGACACCCCCUUUGCCACCUUUGCCUCCACUACCAGCUAUUCCACAGCAACCACCUCUGCCUCCUCCCCAACCAGUAUUUAGUCAGGUUCUUACUUCUAGUACUUCAACUUUGCCCCCUUCUACUCACCCAAGGACAUCUACUUUGUCCUCUCAGGCAAAUUCUCAGCCCCUUGCACAGGUUUCUGUGAAGACUCAAGUAUCCGUAACAGCUGCUAUUCCACACCUAAAAACUUCAACGUUGCCUCCUUUACCCCUCCCACCCUUAUUACCAGGAGACGAUGACAUGGAUAGUCCAAAAGAAACUCCACCUUCAAAACCUGUAAAGAAAGAGAAGGAACAAAGGCCACGUCACUUACUCACGGACCUCCCUCUCCCUCCAGAACUUCCUGGUGGGGAUCCAUCUCCCCCAGACUCUCCAGAACCAAAGGCAGUUACACCACCUCAGCAACCAUAUAAAAAGAGACCAAAAAUUUGUUGUCCUCGUUAUGGAGAAAGAAGACAAACAGAAAGUGACUGGGGAAAACGCUGUGUAGAUAAGUUCGACAUUAUUGGGAUUAUUGGAGAGGGAACCUAUGGCCAAGUAUAUAAAGCCAAGGACAAAGACACAGGAGAGCUAGUGGCCCUGAAAAAGGUGAGACUGGACAAUGAGAAGGAGGGCUUCCCAAUCACAGCCAUUCGUGAGAUCAAAAUCCUUCGUCAGCUAAUCCACCGAAGUGUUGUUAACAUGAAGGAAAUUGUUACGGAUAAACAGGAUGCACUGGAUUUCAAGAAGGACAAAGGUGCCUUUUACCUUGUAUUUGAGUAUAUGGACCAUGACUUAAUGGGACUGUUAGAAUCUGGUUUGGUACACUUUUCUGAGGACCAUAUCAAGUCAUUCAUGAAACAGCUAAUGGAAGGAUUGGAUUACUGUCACAAAAAGAAUUUCCUGCAUCGGGAUAUUAAGUGUUCUAACAUUUUGCUGAACAACAGUGGGCAAAUCAAACUAGCAGAUUUUGGACUUGCACGGCUCUAUAACUCUGAAGAGAGUCGCCCUUACACAAACAAAGUCAUCACUUUGUGGUACCGACCUCCAGAACUUCUGCUGGGAGAGGAGCGUUAUACACCAGCCAUUGAUGUUUGGAGCUGUGGAUGCAUCCUUGGGGAAUUGUUCACAAAGAAGCCUAUUUUUCAAGCCAAUCUGGAACUGGCUCAGCUGGAGCUGAUCAGUCGACUCUGUGGUAGCCCUUGUCCAGCUGUGUGGCCUGAUGUUAUCAAGCUGCCCUACUUCAAUACCAUGAAACCGAAGAAACAAUAUAGAAGGCGUCUACGAGAAGAAUUCUCUUUCAUUCCUUCAGCAGCACUUGAUUUACUGGACCACAUGCUAACACUAGAUCCUAGCAAACGUUGCACAGCUGAACAGACUUUACAGAGUGACUUCCUUAAAGAUGUUGAGCUCAGCAAAAUGGAUCCUCCAGACCUCCCCCACUGGCAAGAUUGCCAUGAAUUAUGGAGUAAGAAACGGCGACGACAGCGACAGAGUGGUGUUGUGAUAGAAGAGCCACCUCCUUCCAAAGCCUCUCGGAAAGAAACUACCUCAGGGACAAGUGCUGAGCCUGUGAAGAAUAGCAGCCCAGCACCACCUCAGCCUGCUCCUGGCAAGGUGGAGCCUGGGACUGGGGAUGCAAUAGGCCUCGGUGACAUCACCCAGCAGUUGAAUCAAAGUGAAUUGGCAGUGUUACUGAAUCUGCUGCAGAGCCAAACCGACCUGAGCAUCCCUCAAAUGGCUCAGCUGCUUAACAUCCACUCCAACCCAGAGAUGCAGCAGCAGCUGGAGGCCCUGAACCAAUCCAUCAGUGCCCUAACUGAAGCCACUUCCCAGCAGCAGGACUCAGAGCCCUUGGCCCCAGAAGAGUCUUUGAAGGAGGCACCUCCUGCCCUAGUGGUCCAGCCUUCAGCAGAACAGACAAGCUCUGAAGCUUCAAGCACACCAGCUGACAUGCAGAAUAUGUUGGCAGUUCUUUUGAGUCAGCUGAUGAAAACCCAGGAGCCAGCAGGCAGCCUGGAGGAAAGCAGCAGUGACAAGAACAGUGGGCCACAGGGGCCCCGAAGAACUCCCACAAUGCCACAGGAGGAGGCAGCAGCAUGUCCUCCUCACAUUCUUCCACCAGAGAAGAGGCCCCCUGAGCCCCCCGGACCUCCACCGCCGCCACCUCCACCCCCUCUGGUUGAAGGCGAUCUUUCCAGCGCCCCCCAGGAGUUGAACCCAGCCGUGACAGCCGCCUUGCUGCAACUUUUAUCCCAGCCUGAAGCAGAGCCUCCUGGCCACCUGCCACAUGAGCACCAGGCCUUGAGACCAAUGGAAUACUCCACCCGACCCCAUCCCAACAGGACUUACGGAAACACUGAUGGGCCUGAAACAGGGUUCAGUGCCACUGACACUGAUGAACGCAACUCUGGUCCAGCUUUGACAGAAUCCUUGACCCAGACCCUGGUGAAGAACAGGACCUUCUCAGGCUCUGUGAGCCACCUUGGGGAGUCCAGCAGUUACCAGGGCACAGGGUCAGUGCAGUUCCCAGGGGACCAGGACCUCCGUUUUGCCAGGGUCCCCUUACCAUUACACUCAGUGGUCGGGCAACCAUUCCUGAAGGCUGAGGGAAGCAGCAACUCUGUGGUACAUGCAGAGACCAAAUUGCAGAACUAUGGGGAGCUGGGGCCAGGAAACACUGGAGCCAGCAGUUCAGGAGCAGGCCUUAACUGGGGGGGCCCAGCUCAGUCUUCUGCUUACGGAAAACUCUAUCGGGGGCCUACAAGAGUCCCGCCAAGAGGGGGAAGAGGGAGAGGAGUUCCUUACUAACCCAGAGACUUCAGUGUCCUGAAAGAUUCCUUCCCUAUUCAUCCUUCCAUCCAGUCCUCUGAAACAUUAAUGAAAUCAUUUGCCAGAGCGAGGUAAUCAUCUGCAUUUGGCUACCGCAAAGCUGUCUGUUGUAUUCCUUGCUCACUUGCUACUAGCAGGCGACUUAUAAAAUAAUGAUGUUGGCACCAGUUCCCCCUGGAUGGGCUACAGCCAGAACAAUUACUUCAACUCUACCUAGUAGAUACAAGUAGAGAAUGUGGAGAGGGUCAUUAAAUUGAAAAGUAAAUGUUGUAUUAGUUCAUUUGCCUGCACUUCUUGAGCAGAAGAAAAGGAGAACAGUUUUAAUUUUGAGAUGGCUCAGGAGAGGCUCUCUUUUAAGUUUUUAAAAUUUGGGGAUUUUUUAUGAUUUCUUUCUUUUGAAUUUUGUUUUUGUUUUGUUUUGUUUUCCUUUAAAGAUAAUAGUGUUCACAAUAUUUGAGCUACUCUUAGGCUUUUGCUAUAAGAGAAAGAGAGUGACUGGUUGAUUUAAAUAAAUGUUUCCUUCCUCUCCACCAUCUCACAUUUUUGCUUUCAAGUGAACUCUUUUUUUCCCCAUUGAGCAUCUUGAACAUAUACCUUUUUUCCAAAUAAAUUACUCAUCCUUUAAGUUUGCUCUGCUUUGGCAAAAGACAUGCCCCUCUCCCUGCACAUGAAGCAGGUGGUAGAAAGAGGCACUCUUGGGCAUGUAGGUAGAUUUACCCCAUCUCUUCCUUUUUGUACCCCCUCUAUAAUUUAUAGAGUUUCUCAUUCUCUCUCUCUCUCUCUCUCUUUCUCUCUCUCUCUCUCUGUCUCUUUUUGAGGCAUUUGUUUGGAAAAAAUUAAUCGUUGAGAUGCCCAAGAACCUGGGAUAAUUCUUUACUUUUUUUGAAAUAAAGGAAAGGAAAUUCAAACUCCUAUAUUGUUCUCUGUAACUUUUCAAUUCUAAAAUGUUUUUGUUUUUUUUAAAACCAUGUUCUGAUGGUGAAGUUGAUUUAUAAAUGCAGACAGCCUAGGACAUUGCUGUUGAGCUGGGGUUUAAGAUGAUGCCUCCAUAACUAGAGGGCUAGUAAGAGCAGUUAGCAUACUGUUUACACAUAUAUUUUUAUGUCAAAAAAAAAAAAAAACCUUUGAAACAGAGCAUUAUUGUCAAAGAGAAAAGAAAUACAUCCUGAAAAUACAUGAAAAUGUAACUUAGUUUAGGGUGCAUAUUUUUCUGAAUAUCUAUCAAUAUCUGAGACCUUUUUUUAAAAAAUUUAAAAGAAUAGGCCAUGAGAAAGAAACAGUAUUGACAUAUACACAUCUCAGCAUGUAUAUCCUGCCAAUUCUUUUGGGGAAUUUCUUCUAGAGAGAUUUGAUUUUGGUUUUGUUUUUUGGUAAAAGGGGUUAAAUUAUGACUUCAUGGCAAGAAUUUUGCCUUAUUAUAAACAGGAAAUGAAAAAGGGAAGGGCUUUCAGGGUGGGAUAACUUGGGAGACUUCUCAUUCUGGCUUCCAUUUCUGUGUGAAUACCAGCAUAUAAUGUGUUUUAAAAACAUACACAUUCAUAUAAAUUAUCUGCACAGACUUAGACCUUUGUGAAACGUAGAUUAGGGCCCUUUUACAAAGAAAAGGCAAACAUGCUUCAGCAUCUUGGAGUAUAGUUCUCAGAACUCAAGUGAAGUUUUGUGUUUCAAUGCCAAGUUCUUAUAUUAAAAAAUAAAAACUACUUGUAAGAGAAAGGUGCACGAAUAAAAAAAAAAAAACUUUAAAGAAAGAAGAACCCUCUUCAGAUACUUACAUGAAGACUAUUUUCCCCUGUUUACUGAAAUAGGUAGAUAUCCGGUGUGUGUAUUUCUUUAUUACUCUCUGGUUUUUGGUCUGGCCUUGCCCUCAUGGGCAAACAUUGAUUAGAGGAAGAACCUUCUAGCCAUUUUGGCAUUGAUGGCUUUUUAUACCAGUGUGUCCAGUUAGAUUUGCUAGGCUCACUGACAUGCUAUUGAAAAAUUCCAUUACAGUUCACCUAAACGUUUUGUCUGUUGACUUCUUAGUCCUCAGACAUGGGCCUUUGUAUUUUAGAAUAUUUGAAUUUGAGGCAUUGGGCCCUACUCCCAUUUUUGAUUGAAGAACUUAAGCCUGGGAUUCUUUCAAAGGUAUCUAUUCAGUGAAAAUAACUGGUCUCCCAUCAAAUAUGAAUAAAAUUCUCUAUAUUUUAAUUACAUUCUGGUUAUCAGCAGUCAUCAAUAAUGUUUUUCCUUCCCCCUUCCCAUCCUUUAUUUUUAAUUAUGCCAAAUAUUCUAAAUAAUAUACUUAAGCCUCCAUUCCCUCAUCCUUACUACUAGGGAAGGGGGUGAGUGUAUGUAUGGGGGGUGUGUGUGUGUGUGAUUCCAUCUCACCCCCUACCCCCAUUUGGGGAGUGUAGCCUUUACAGUGAAAAAAGUUCAGUAAUUUUGACUAUUUCUAAAAGCAGAGGAAAAAAGAAAUCCUGGAAUCUGUGUGGAGGAAGAAAAGGUAUUUGUUAAUUUUUCAGCUAUGUUAUCUAUAAAUGAAGGAAAGUUUUGGCAGAAUUUCAACUUGACUGUUAGAAAAUUACAAACCCAGAUAUAUUCAAAAGUGGUUUUUGUUUUGUUUUAAUUAUUGUACCAUGGGAGAUAAGUCCAUUAAAUACAUUAUUUUGAACAGAUGAGAAAUCUGAUGCUGUUGGUGAAUGAGAGGCAAAACUGGUUUGACCAUGAUCAUUUUUGUGGUUUUGAAAACAAUUUUGUUUGACCCAGUUCCUUAGUUUUUUCUUCAACUGUCCAUAGGAAUGAUAAAAAUGACAUCAGAUAUAUACUUUUCAAAGCAGGGCAGUAGCACAAAUUUGUAAGUAGGACUUUUUGUUAGGUUAUGCCAUAGACGUCACCCAGCCACUGUGUGUGUGUAUGUGUGUGUAAUAUGCAUUUAUAGUUACAGUACUAAAAUGGUUACCAGCAGGUUUUGAGAGAGAAUGCUGCACCAGAAAAGUGUCAGUUGCCACCUCAUUCUCCCUGAUUUAGGUUCCUGACACUGUAUUCCUUCUCUCUCUUGUUUUUGCCCCACAUCGGGUGUACCUUGUCUAUGUACAGAUAUUUUGUAAUAUAUUAAAUUUUUUUCUUUCAGUUUAUAAAAAUGGAAAGUGGAGAUUGGAAAAUUAAAUAUUUCCUGUUACUAUACCA